AUGACACUUGCUGAAAGCAAAGCGUUUAUUGGCCAGCCAGCCCCUAAUUUUAAAACAACAGCAGUUGUGAAUGGCGUUUUUAAGGAGAUUUCACUUAAUCAGUUUAAAGGGAAAUAUGUGGUCCUCUUCUUCUAUCCGCUCGAUUUUACUUUCGUUUGUCCAACGGAAAUAAUUGCAUUUUCCGAUCGUAUUGCGGAAUUCAAGCAGUUGGAUGUGGUUGUUAUGGCAUGCUCAACUGACUCGCACUUCUCACACCUUGCAUGGGUAAAUACCGAACGAAAAAUGGGUGGUCUUGGUCAGAUGAAUAUACCAAUUCUUGCUGAUACAAAUCAUGCAAUCAGCAGGGCAUAUGGUGUGCUCAAGGAAGAUGAAGGAAUUGCUUAUCGUGGGUUAUUCAUCAUUGACCAAAACGGGAUUUUACGGCAGAUCACAGUCAAUGAUCUCCCAGUGGGUCGUUCUGUAGAUGAGACUUUACGUCUGGUUCAAGCUUUUCAAUUUGUCGACAAGCACGGUGAAGUAUGUCCGGCCAAUUGGCAUCCAGGAUCUGAAACGAUUAAGCCUGGAGUGAAAGAAAGCAAAGAGUAUUUCGGGAAGCACUGA